UGUUUCCUCUAAUUCUACAGAUCAACCUUACAGAACUGGUUAUCAUUUCCAACCUCACAAAAACUGGAUCAAUGAUCCCAAUGGAGUUAUGAUUCACAAUGGAAUUUAUCACUUGUUCUACCAAUACAAUCCCAAAGGUGUGGUGUGGGGCAACAUUGUGUGGGCUCAUUCUACAUCCGAAGAUCUCAUCAACUGGGUUUCACAUGAACCGGCCAUCUCCCCUUCUCAGAAAUACGAUGAAAAGGGCUGCUGGUCUGGUUCUGCCACAAUUCUUCCUGGAGACAAACCGGCCAUUUUGUACACUGGCAUUGACCUUGACAACAACCAGGUUCAAAAUUUAGCUUUCCCCAAGAAUUUAUCCGACCCUUAUCUUAUAGAAUGGGAAAAGUUCCCAAAGAACCCACUGAUGGCACCUGAUUCCAAAAAUGGCAUCAAUGCGAGCGCAUUUAGAGACCCUUCCACCGCCUGGCAAGGCCCUGAUAAAGCCUGGAGAGUCGUCAUUGGAAGCAAAAACGAUGAUUUGGGGUUGGCAAUUCUUUUCAGGAGUGAAGAUUUUAUAACUUGGUCCCAGGUUAAACGCCCUCUACAUUCUGGCAAGCACACAGGAAUGUGGGAGUGUCCUGAUUUUUACCCGGUGGCAGUUGAUAAUGUUACUGGUCUUGAUACAUCAACUCUUGGUCGUAAUGUUAAGCAUGUGCUGAAGGUCAGCUUGGAUAAUACUAAGCAUGAUUAUUACACAACUGGGAAUUAUAAUUACAGGACUGAUAAAUAUAUUCCUGAUAAUGGCUCCAUUGAAGGAGACAGAGGAUUGAAAUAUGAUUAUGGGAAGUUUUAUGCUUCCAAGACUUUCUUUGAUAGUGCUAGGAAUCGGAGAGUCUUGUGGGGAUGGAUUAAUGAAUCAUCAAGUGUGAAGGAUGAUGCUAAAAAGGGAUGGUCUGGACUUCAGGCCAUUCCCAGGACGGUUUGGCUUGAUAAAUCCGGAAAGCAGUUGAUACAAUGGCCAGUAGCAGAACUUGAGAUGCUUCGCGAUAAUGAAAUACAUUUACAGCACAAGUCGCUGGAUGCAGGAUCAACCCACGAAAUAACAGGCAUCACAGCUGCACAGGCAGACGUUGAUAUUUCACUUGAGAUAACUGACAUUAACAAAGCAGAAGUGAUCAAUUUAAAAAGGCACCAUGCUCAAAAGCUUUGCAAUGAAAGGAAUGCAUCAGUUAAAGGCAGUCUUGGUCCAUUUGGGUUGAAAGUUUUGGCCUCUAAUGAUUCUCAAGAGUUCACAGCAGUGUUCUUCAGAAUCUUUAUACGCAAAGCUAGCAAGCAACCGGUUGUGCUAAUGUGCAGUGACCAAAGCAGAUCUUCCUUAAACAAUGACAAUGACAAGACUACUUAUGGAACUUUCUUGAAUGUGGAUCCCGUUUCAGAGAAAAUAUCACUAAGGAGCUUGAUUGAUCAUUCAAUAGUGGAGAGCUUUGGUGGAGGAGGCAAGAGUUGCAUCACAGCCAGAGUCUAUCCAAAGUUGGCGGUUGAUGAUAAAGCUCAUUUGUACGUUUUCAAUAAUGGGACCGAAGCCGUAAAGGUUGCGAGCUUGAAGGCUUGGAGCUUGAAGGAUGCUCAUAUUAAAUGAAGCAAAAAAAGAGAAUUUUCAGAGGUUUUACACAACCAAAGGAAAAGAGCAAAACUUGCACGAAAUAAUGAGGAUAUGAUAGCCC